AUGUACAAGUCACCAUUCACCUGGAGUCCAGGAACAAACUCAUUUCUUGCCAUUCUCCAUCCAACAAGUGAUGGAUCCCGAUUAGAAUUACUAAAGCCUGAAUGGUCAUCCUUAUCUAAAGAUACUGGCUUUAGUUCUAGUAUCAUCGCAAAAGUAAACACAGUUGUAUCCACACUUUCAGGUCACACUGCCGAAAUUGAGAGUCUGGCCCUGAGCCGACUGGAGCCCCAUAUGCUGGCCUCUACAGGUGCCAAAGGAGAAGUGUUUGUGUGGGAUAUGAACCAUUUGGUCAAGCCGUAUGUACCAGGUGUUCCAUCAGUAAGGAUGGAUGUUGUCACAGGUGUCUCAUGGAACAGCCAGGUGCCACAUAUUUUGUCUACAUGCUCCAAUAAUGGCUUUACUUCUGUGUGGGAUCUUCGUAGCAGGAGAGAAAUAAUGUCGUUAACAGCCCAGUUUACUACUAGUACUCAAGCUGUCCAAUGGAAUCCCCAAGUAGCCACACAGCUGGUAGCAGCCUCAGAAGAUUUUUCUUCUGUUAUUCAUAUUUGGGAUCUUAGACAGAAUCGUCGACCUUCCAAGACAUUGGUGGGCCAUGAGCAGACAAUCAUCAGUCUAUCAUGGUCUUAUAACAGCCCUGGCCAAUUAUUAUCGACAGACAAGGCUGGAAGGACACUCCAAUGGGACCCUUCACUAGGGACGCUUGUAGAAGAACUAGGUAGCCACAAUCAAUAUGCUUUAUGGUGCCCUCAAAGACCUGAUUCAUUUGCAUCAUGUUCUCUUGACGGAAAGAUCAAAUUUUGCUCUAUCCAAAGCAACCUCCCAAACGUUCCUGUAAAACAAGAGCUCCCUAUAUCUCCUCAUCCUCGGACUGAUUCGCGCCCAAUUUAUCGAUCUGUGGGUGCUUCGUUUGGAUACAACGGAAAGCUUGUCAUAUUCCGAUCACGUUUGUCAAAAUCAAACAUCAAUACCCCUGUACCUCAAGUACAUAUUAUGGAUAUCCAGCCCUUGCCAGAGGUUACCCAAAGGGCCGAGAAACUGUUUAGGUGUCUCAGUCAGGAUCUUGAUGGAAGUAUUGAUCGACUAAUUGAUAAGAAAAUUCAACUAGAAUAUAAAUCUCAGGAAUGGAAAAUGCUGGGCGCAUUAGUAUCAAAGGACCCAAGACAGACAAUUAUAGGUCUCGUGGAAGAUAAGAGAGUUCCAAUGGAGUACAACAAAUCAGUCGAUGAGAUGAGCCCUGAUAUGAUACGACGUAAAGAUAGCGAUAGAGAUAGAGAUAUGGAUAUCAAGAUAUCAAGAUGCGUUUCUGUGGGUGAUUUUGGAUCAGCCGUUGAUCUUUGCAUAGAAUCCAAUCGUAUGGCGGAGGCAUUAUUGAUGGCCACCUGUGGCGACAAAGAUCUUCUGAAACGCACACAAACUAUUUACUUUGAGCAGAGGGUCUGUCCACCUUCCUAUUUGUGCCUGGUCAAACAUAUCUUACGCAAUGAUCUACAUUCUAUGACCCAUCAGUCACCGGUAGAGGAUUGGCCUCAUAUUAUUGCCGCCAUUUGUACGUUUGCUAGUCCUUCUGAGUUACAAGUGUUACUCAAUGCAUUUGGAGAUCGACUCUUGAAAAGUUUUAGAUCGCAAGCUCUUAUCUGCUAUAUGGCAGCAGGGAACAUGACAAAGGUUUGUGAGAUCUGGUUACAGUACUACGACCCCGUACGCACCACUGCUGUCCAGCUUCAGGAUCUAGUCGAGCGUCUGUCUGUGUUCCAAAAGAUUACCGGAUUUGAGGCUAGUAAGAAGGACCCACCUCAUGUGUUUGAGCGUCUUUACCAAGUAUAUUGUGAUUAUGCUCACUUGAUGGCUACCCAUGGAAGACUUGAUAUCGCACUUUAUUACUAUUCAAUUAUCCCAAAUAUUUUUCACAAUACGCCUCAAAUGCUGGUGUUGUACGAUCGAAUCUACCGAGCAUCUUCUUCUAUUGAGGCUGAAAACCUUAGAAUACCUCCCCUGGCCUUUGAAUACCAAGAAAUUCUAUGUAAACCGGAUCUACAAAAUAAGCCCCCGGAAAACACCCAGUCCACAGACCCUUCUCUCAAAGCCAGAGUUUCUCCAAAUAAGCCAGCCUUUGACGCAUUACAAGAUCCUCUCUCUCCUCACGAGUUACCUCUAUUAGAAAAGAAGCGAUUUCCAUUUUUCAGUAACCUGCGCAUAAUAGCAAAAGAUGACAAGAGCCACAUUAUACCUGAACAACGAAUUAUAUACACGGUACUAGUAAAAGAACUUCGAGAAGCUAGGCGAUGUUCUCCCAUUAAUCAUAAAAGAACAUUAGAUGAUACUGAGCGUAGACUCAAGAUACUGUUUGAUCAAUUGAACAAUCAGCAAGUGUCAGAGACUGUUGUUGGCUGUAUGUUAUCUCUUGUGAAGGCCCUUGAAAAAGGAGAAUAUGAAGAGGCAGAAAGGAUCCAGGUAGAAUUAGUGGCCACUUGUUAUGAUGCUUGUGGGUCAUGGCUUGUAGGUGUCAAACGUUUAAUUGGUCAUGCCAAACAAUUAAAUUGUGGACGUCACGAUGAUCCUUCUUCUUUCUUGGUUUAUGAUUCAAUGAUGGAUUCACCUACUUCAUUGAAUGAUCGUGAUGAUGAAGGAUCUGAUCCUCAAUCUAAUCAUCAUACAUGGUUAACAGCCUCAAUGUCAGUACAAUCUCUCACUGGACUUCAUGACUCUUCUUGUCCUAGGGCCACUGAAGAUACAGUUGGCAUGCGACGUGGAACAAGUCAACAACCAAGUGUUGAACCCUUUCAUAUACGAGCGACAAGGGGCAGGAGAAACUCGUUUAGCAGUUUUCUCACCACCAAACAUACGCCCUUACUGAGCCGAUCAAGAAGGAUUACCACUCAGACAGGGGAUCUGAAUGGUCAUCAAGAACAUGAAAAUACAUUUCGUAAAGCCCACAGACCGCGUUCUUAUUCAGAUAAGUCUACAACUGCACAAGCAACAUAUAGAGAUGAACUGAUGUCGCAUUUUUUGUUGGGAAGGUAUUGGGCUCUGGCGAUUCCUAUCUGGAUCAUGACUUUUGUCUGGUUCAUCUUUGUGUCUUUUAUUAGCUACAAUCUUAUGAACACUGCUCCUCUUGAUUCAUAUGCCUGUAUUACUGACGACCAUGCGAACAUGAUGGAAGCGCCUCUGCCUUUGGACAACAGACCCUCUGAUUGGAUGCCCGAGCUCCACGACCUCCCGAUCAGUCUGGUCAAUGCCCUCUUGUAUAGCCCAUCCAAUCAAUUGCCCGUAUCUACUGAAGACACUGAAGAAGAGCGUGAUGCACUGAUGCCCCUUCGCACGUCCCGUAAAUACGUCAUUGGCCACUCUUAA